AUGGAUCCCGAAAAGGACCCAGGUUACGCUCUCUGCAGUUCUUCCGGGGAUAUUAUGAAUAAGAUGCUCCCCCGCUUCAAUGCCGCCACAAGACAUACAUCCUGUCCAAAUUCUCUUGACUGUUAUAAUGGCCACUACUACCUAAUAACAACAGACCACCUCUCUGGUGCCCGUUUCCCGGAUGACAAGGACUACCACCACCUCCACCAAACCUACAUAACCACCCAAAUCCGCCGUAAAGCUAUCUGGCUAGUCUUCACAAUCGUAUCCUUCUACGCUCUUUACAGUAUUCACUUCACUUCAAUUUCAGAAUCACCCUGUCGUCCCUCUCUGCACGAUUUCACAGAAUCCCCCACGUAUAACGAUAGAGAUCCGCUUCUAAUCUUAGAACUAAGAUGGCAGGAUUUCUGCUGGUGUAUGGCUAUGAUUGGGAGUAUUUUGUCAUCAACCGCGAUAUUGUGGAGGGCUGAUGCGGUAUUUGAGGAUGCAGUGGAGAUGAGGCAGAGAAGAAAGAUACACGGAUUACCUGUUUGGCCACCGGAGAUUAAUGAUAAGAAGUUGAAACUGAAGAUUGAGAGCUGGAGGGUGAAUUUUGGAUGUUUCUUGUUGACUAUAGGGAUUACGCUGGUUUGGUGUUGGAGUGUUUGGAAGAAAGUGGAGGCAGAGAGGGGAUGUAGGAUUUUGUUAAACUAG